AAGGUGCAGAUAAUGCUGCUGUCGUGCUGGUUGCCAACCGCCAUUAAAAACGAAGAAGAAGGAAAAUGGAAAUAGGAAUCUUAAAGGAAGGCUCAAUGAUUUAAGCUCCGUGUUUAUGGAUGUAGGAUCAUUCCGGAAGAGUGAUGUCACUUACAUAAAAUGCCUGAUGUCCCAUUUUUAGAUGGGAAAAUUGUCUUCAGUUGAAAGUGCAGAUAUUUCUGGGACAGUGCGGUAAGAUCAGCACUGACCCGAUGAGCCAGGCUCUCGUCUGUCUGAUGAUGAAACACAGGUCCGCCAUCUUUUUCCUCCUCAGUUUUUUCCAACAUUCCUAAAAAAAUAUUGUCUCUGCAUCUAACAUCUGAGAUGAGAUUUAUUGGCGAGUACCUUUGAAGCAAUUUUUAAAGAAAUCCGUUUCAUUUUGACACAUCUUCAGUGACUGAUCACCCCACCAUCGCUCAGCACGAGCAGUAACCUGCAAUUUAGCCAGUUGUACAGUUUCAUAUGAGGAGUGCUCUGAAUCUCUGGAAGGCCUUUGUGGUUUGUCCUCAUUCUCUUGAUUUUCUUGGCAGUUCAGCCAGAGAACUCGAUGAACUCUCGAUUACGCUCCUCUGUCUCUGAUGAGGAAAAGAAUCCCUCCCACCUUCUUACAUCAAGACCCCUGUUCCAAAAUCAGUGAAAGAUCUAUUAUUGCUCCAGCAGAUCUGAUGCGUGAUUCUAACCCUGUCACUCAGUCAAUGAACUGCCGCCUUUGUCACUCCUGUCACCAACUGUGCAUUCAUGAUGCUCCGUAGCACCCGAUUUCCUUCUCAACGUCUUCUCUGCUCUGGAUAAAAAAACUUCUAUUUCACGUAAAUCCUCUAUUGUUUUACCAUCUUGUCAUGCGUCAGCACCAAUUAACCAAGUCCAACUUCGUGGAGUAGUCACUGAUCUCGGCGAAUGAGACCGCCCUGAUCUCCCCAAGCUCACACUCCUUCACAAGCGUGUCUGAUUGUCUCCACAUUUUCAGGGCCUUCACCUCACAAAAGAAUGCCUCAGAGACUCCAGCGAAAUGACGUUAGAAGAAGGAAUGACAACCAUGCAGAAGGAGCCACACCAGUGUUUUAAAUCUUUUAGCGUGGCAAGGCUGAGGAAGGGAAAAACGAUGGGCUGUAUCAAGAGCAAAGAGGACAAAGGACCUUGUCUGAAGUAUCAGCCAGAGAAUUCUCUGGUGGCAGACCACAACACCGCCGCCACCACACCUCACAUAGGUCACUACGGGCCAGACCCCACCCAGCUGCAGCAGAAUCAGCCUCCCUCAUCCACAUCUGGUUCUGGGGCUGCAAACUUUAACCACAGCCUCACACCGUUUGGUGGAUCCUCAUCCGCCAUAACUCCCUUUGGAGGGAUGUCUUCCUCCUUCUCUGGUCCAGUGUCCAACUCCUUCUCUGGUGCUGUCUCAAGUGGUGUUACAUUCUUUGUGGCCUUGUAUGACUAUGAAGCCAGAACAUCAGAUGAUCUGACGUUUAAAAAGGGAGAUCGCUUCCAGAUCAUCAACAAUACAGAAGGAGACUGGUGGGAAGCUCGCUCCAUCAACACGGGGAAGACAGGCUACAUCCCAAGCAAUUAUGUGGCCCCUGCCGACUCCAUCCAAGCUGAAGAGUGGUAUUUUGGUAAAAUGGGCCGCAAAGACGCUGAGCGGUUGCUGUUGAAUACAGGGAACCAUCGGGGAACCUUCUUGGUGCGAGAAAGUGAAACUACUAAAGGUGCUUAUUCUCUCUCCAUACGAGACUGGGAUGAAGCCAAAGGAGACAAUGUGAAACACUACAAGAUCCGCAAGCUUGACAAUGGGGGCUACUACAUCACCACACGAGCACAGUUUGACACAUUACAGAAGCUUGUCAAACACUAUUCAGAGCAUGCCGACGGGCUUUGCCACAGGCUGACCACAGUUUGCCCCACGGUCAAGCCUCAGACGCAGGGGCUGGCUAAAGAUGCCUGGGAGAUUCCCCGGGAGUCCCUGCGACUGGAGCUCAAACUGGGCCAGGGAUGCUUCGGAGAGGUCUGGAUGGGCACGUGGAAUGGCACCACUAAAGUGGCCAUAAAGACACUGAAGCCUGGAACCAUGUCCCCUGAGGCUUUCCUUCAAGAGGCUCAGAUCAUGAAGAAGCUCCGACACGACAAACUGGUGCCUCUCUAUGCAGUGGUGUCUGAGGAACCCAUCUACAUUGUCACAGAGUACAUGGCAAGAGGAAGCUUGCUUGACUUCCUCAAAGAGGGUGAUGGCAAAUUCUUGAAGCUCGUCCUGCUGGUGGACAUGGCUGCAAAGAUCGCUGACGGCAUGGCUUUCAUCGAGGGUAUGAACUACAUCCACAGGGACCUGCGUGCUGCCAACAUCCUCGUGGGCGACAACCUGGUGUGCAAGAUCGCAGACUUUGGUCUGGCCAGGCUGAUAGAGGACAAUGAGUACACAGCCAGGCAAGGAGCCAAGUUUCCUAUUAAAUGGACGGCCCCCGAGGCUGCACUGUACGGCCGCUUCACAAUCAAGUCCGACGUCUGGUCCUUCGGCAUCUUACUCACCGAGCUCGUCACCAAAGGCAGAGUUCCCUACCCAGGUAUGGUGAACCGUGAGGUACUGGAGCAGGUGGAGCGUGGCUACCGUAUGCCCUGUCCCCAAGGGUGCCCCGAGUCCCUGCAUGAGAUGAUGAAGCUCUGCUGGAAGAAGGAGCCGGACGAGAGGCCCACUUUCGAGUACCUCCAGUCCUUCCUGGAGGACUAUUUCACCUCCACAGAGCCACAGUAUCAGCCAGGAGAGAACUUGUAGCUGCACUGUGCCGUUCUGGAAGGAGACUCAUUUGAAGGCGGGAGCUAAAACGUUUUACUCCGUUAGAAGUCGACUGGAAACUGAGAGGAUCAGCCACAUGAACCACUACUUGCUCAACCUUUUCCUUAUUAUUUUUAUUUUUUUAACAUUUUGUUGUAUUUUCAUAUUAUUUGGUUUUCAUUCAAGGUACAACACAAGUCUUAGCUGUGGGAAUUUAGGAUUUGGAUUAUUUCAUCAUGAUCAUUAUCAUCACACUGGGGAUAUGGACACACGUUCAUUUCAGCAAUGUUUUACAUACGCAGCUCAUGAACAUAGUAUUAUAAGCUGUGACAGAGCCUCACAAAAGUAUUAUUGCGAGCAGCAGGCCUUUGGAGUGUUUUAAUAUCCACAUCUCACACAUAUCUGUUUCUGUCUCUAUGGUAGAUUAGUUUACGAUGUCCAAAAUGAAUGAAUCGUUUACAGAGAUCAUAUAUAUGAGAAGCUCUCAGGGGGGUGGUGGUCAUUAUCACACAAUCCCACACAUCUUAACUUUAUUUACAUUUCAUCAGUGACAAUACAAUUUCUUUCUUAGAUCAGAAAUUUGACUAGAGGAAGAUUGUCACCCUCUUCUUCCUCUCUGAUCUUUGUCUUUUUAAAUGUUAUUUCUUCCUUCAAGAAUUUAUUCAUACCAUGUAGACAUCGUGUUAUAGCUUCAUUUGAAGUUCUUCCUUACUGUCCAUCAUCAUCCAGAAAUGUCUGCUAUGAUGUUUUUAUUUUUUUAUUUUUAUAACGGUUGUAUAAUGUCACUGCAGGGACACAAUUACAUAAGAUCAGUGUGUAUAAUGUUGGGUUUUACAGCAGAAUAACAGUUAAACAAUAAUGAAACUCGUGGACUUGUGACUUGACACUUCACAUAUGGAAGCACUGCCAGUGGAGCAUUUAGUGGAAUUUUACUGUCUUGAAGAACUAUUUUUUGAAGGCAGACAUCCUGAAGAAAUAGCCUCUAAGUUGUUUGGAAACGAAUGUCUUAUUUCAUACAAUGUAGCUGCUGAAGAAUUAUGAGACUCUUGUGUUCAUGUGUCCAAGGUGGCUCUGCAGAAACUCUCUGUAUGGCAGUGAUUACUUUUUUUUUGUUUGAUUCAUUGAUUUUCUAUUUGCAUUUUGUUCCUGUAUUUACGCACCAGGACGAUAUCACAAUGGAAUGACAACUGAGCUUGUAAAAGGGCUUUGUAUAUUUAAAAAAACUCAUUUUAUAUAUCAUUAUCAUAAUAAUAAUUAUUAUUAUUAUAAUUAAUAAUAAUAAUAAUAAUAAUAAUGGGCAAGAUGCGUAUAAUAUUUGGUGGGCAGUGAGUGGAGACUGGUGUGGGGUAUUUGUACAAUAAAAAUGUGAUUUUA